AUGAAUAUUAAUUAACAAUUAUAUUAUACAGACACACAUAAAGAUAAUUGCUAUCCCUAUUCAUACGCAUUGAUCUUAGUCCAUGGAAACAUCACCUCUUCCCAACAUUGGGGCAAAUUUAUUCAAGAAAUGUAAAAGCGAGAUCAAGAUAAAUAAAUAAGAAUUAUUAAUUUGGACUAAAAAGGAUUUGGAUAUUCCUAAUUACAAAAUAAUAGCGUUGACGACAUCAAGGAUCUGACUACAGAAAUUCAUAAUCUAAUAUUAUCGUUAUUUAAAAAAGAAGAAAUAUCUUAAAAAGUCAUUUUAUGUGGAUGGUCUCUAGGUGGGGCAGUAUGUUUAUAAUUGGCAAGUGAUAAAAGUGAAUACUACCAUAAAUUAAUACUUGUAGCAAGUGCAGGUUGUCAUGGCAAUCACUUAUAUAUGGAGGAUUAAGAGGGUAAAUCAUUAUCAAUUAAAUGCUAAACUAAACAAUAAGUAAUGGAUCAUUCAAAAAUCAAACAUAAUGUUAUGAAAAUGAAAUAAAAUGAUUACAAUUACUUCUAUCACGUAUUUAAGAAAGCAUUGUUCAACAGUGGGAGAUAUCCAAGUGAUCUUGAAUUAUUAGAAUUACUUAAGGACGUAUUCAAACAAUCUAAUUAUAUCGAUGUAGCAUGGGCUUUAUAAAAAUUUGAUAUUACUAAUUAAGUUAAUAAAAUCAAAGGUCCUGUCUUUUUAUAUCACGGUGUACUAGACCGUAUAUGUCCUAUUUCAGAUGCUUACGCUUAGACUAACAUUCAUUUUAUAGGUAAAAACAAAUGCACACUAGUUGUUCAUCAAGAUGUAAGCCAUAUGCCUCCUUUGGAAGUACCUGAAGAUUUAGCUGUACAUAUCAUAAAUUAUUUGUAUUCAUUAAAAUGA